AUGUCUUCUCAUUUAAAUACAGUUACAAUUCCAACUGAACAUAUUCGUCAACAAUAUCCAUCAGUUAAAGCUUAUUUAGAAGAUGAUUAUUUAGGUCAAGGUGUUUUAUGUAUUGCUGAAAGUCAAUUAGUAUGGGCACUUGCAUCGAAUGAAACACAACGACAAGGCAUUGCAAUUGAUUAUCCAUCAUUAACUAUGCAUGGAAUUGUUACACAUGAUCCAAAAUAUCCCGAAGAACAUCUUGUUGUUAUUGUUCAAAAAUCAAAAGAUGAUGAAGAUGACGAUGAUACAACAAAUCAUCAAGAAAAUGGUGAUGAUGGACGAAGUGAAUCACCUGUUGAAUAUGAUAGUAUUCGUACUGUUAAUUAUCGAUUUGUAAUGUUAACAUCAGAAGAUUUAAAAAUUGCUUAUCAAACUAUUGCUGAAUGUCAAGCACUUCAUCCAGAUCCACUUGAUGAUAUGGUUGAAGAUGAUGAAGUUGGUUCGGAUAUUGAUUAUGGAAAUGAAGAUGAAAAUAAUGAAAAUGGUGAUGGACAUGAUGAAGAUGACGAUCCUUAUGGAUAUAAUGCUCAUUUUUCAUCAACUAAUCAAGGAAACCGAGGUUCACGAUUCGGUGGUAGUCAUGGUCGAGGUCAACAUAAUGAUCAAGGUAACAAUGAAAAUAACGAUCAUAUGGAAUAA